AUGAGGCUCUUUGACGUGCUUGUGGAAACCCCCAUCUUCUGCGACAGUUUAUGCAAGGACUUCUGCGGGGAGGCUAGCAGUCUGUUUUUCACGUCCUACACCGUUGCUUCUGGCAUUUUCGGAUGGCCUCCUUUGUGGACAUCCAACAAUGUUCCAAGAACUGGAUGUCCUGAAGCCAAAGGAGUGAGGAAGCCCCAACCAUUGACAUUUUACCAACUGCAUCGUGUCAUGGGUGGGAAUCUGACGAAUGACACCUGUCCCAGGAUCCAGACACUCCUUGUGGAUGCCUUCACAUGGAUCCUUCAGUUUGUCUCGAGGCUUUCACCUCCAUACUGCUUAAUACAGGGUUUUGUGAAGAACAGACCUGCAUCGUUCGAGCCGUACCCAUCCUCUUCUGGUGACGUGGGAGUUGGGAACAGGAAACGGGAGCCUCCUUGGUGGGAGUGAAAUUGAAAUAACUUUGUUCCAAUCUAUUGCAAACCUGUAACCACUUUUGGAGGUUUGAAAUUAAAAUUGUUUUGCUUGGAGCCAUGAUAACCGUACUCGUGUACUAGCUCUGAUUUCCCGACUUUCAAACCCAAGCUGCUGAAAGAAGGUUCAUCAAUUCUAGCAGAAUCUCCAACA